UAAAUUCAAAUUAGAAAGGGUAUUUAUUACCAAUUAAAAAAUCCCCAGCCUAAAACCGCCACAAAACCCUGAAAGCAAGAAGGCACAAAACCUGCCAUAAACGGUAAACCCUAAACCCCUGAGUCCAUGUCUCUCUACAACCUUCUACGGUAACAUUAGCGAGUCUUUGAUAAUUUUGAUUUCCAUAUUCUUGUUCUGCAAGACAAGCCACCUUCCCCCAUUUUCUUUCAGACCCUUAAAAGCCCACCUCUUGGGGUUUAUUUGAAAACCCAGGAGGAGAACAAGGAGAAGCAAAAAUGGCUAAAUCAUAUGCGCUGGGGCUCAUAUCUACAGCACUUGCAGCCGCGGCGACGUCCUCAUCCUCCUUAUCAUCCCAAUCUCACUUCGCUUAUGCGGAUGGGUCUUUCAAACUCUCUCCAUUUUCUUCUCCUCCUUCUUCUGAGGAAUCACAGCCGUCCAAUCCGCCGGCGGGUAAUUCCGAUUCUAUAUCUCCGUCGAGGGUUCGGAAUGAUAAUCCGAGGACCACAUCGGCGGGGUUUGACCCAGAGGCAUUGGAGCGGGGGGCCAAGGCGUUGAGGGAGAUCACCAAUUCCGCUCAUGCCAAGAAGGUGUUUGAAGUUAUCAAGAAGCAAGAAGAGACAAGGCAGGUGGAGAUGGAAUCAAAGGUUGCGGAGUUCAAGGCAAUGAAAGCUCAAGCUGAGACUGAGAGACUAAGGGUAAUAUAUGAUGAACAGAAGAAGCUAGCUCAGCAUCAAGCUCAAACAAAAUCCCAAAUGGCUCGGUAUGAGGAUGAAUUGGCAAGGAAGAGAAUGCAGGUAAGUAAUUUAUUCUGGGUUUUUACAAUUUAUUUAUGGUGGAGAAUUAAAUCUGCUUUGUUGUUGUGGCAGGCAGAAAAUGAGUACCAGAGAGCGAGAAAUCAAGAGCUUGUAAAGCUGCAAGAAGAAUCAUCAAUUCGGCAAGAACAAGCUCGGCGAGCAACAGAAGAACAGAUUCAAGCACAACGUCGGCAAACAGAGAGGGAGAAGGCUGAGAUAGAACGUGAAACAAUCAGAGUGAGGGCUAUGGCAGAAGCAGAAGGGAGAGCCCAUGAAGCAAAGUUAGCUGAAGAGGUUAACAGGCGAAUGCUAGUGGAACGUGCCAAUGCAGAGAGAGAGAAAUGGAUAUCUGCCAUAAAUACUACUUUUGACCAUAUUGGAGGGGGUUUGAGAGCCAUUCUAACAGAUCAAAAUAAGUUGGUUGUAUUUGUUGGAGGAGUGACAGCUCUAGCAGCAGGGGUUUACACAACAAGAGAAGGUGCAAGAGUGAUAUGGAGCUAUGUUGAUAGAAUACUGGGACAACCAUCAUUGAUUAGAGAGUCCUCCAGAGGGAAAUACCCUUGGUCAGGCUUGUUUUCUCGUGCCAUGAGCACACUGUCUCGUGGUGUUGAUAAGGGAUCUUUGAAAAAUGGGAAUGGGUUCGGUGAUGUAAUUUUACACCCUUCUCUUAAAAAAAGGAUUGAACAGCUGGCUGGUGCAACUGCCAAUACAAAAUCCCAUCAGGCACCAUUCCGCAACAUGCUCUUCUAUGGUCCUCCAGGUACGGGAAAAACAAUGGCUGCUAGAGAGCUGGCUCGUAAAUCGGGACUGGAUUAUGCAUUGAUGACUGGAGGAGAUGUUGCUCCGCUGGGACCUCAGGCUGUCACAAAGAUACACCAGUUAUUUGAUUGGGCCAAGAAGUCACGGAAAGGUUUAUUGCUUUUCAUUGAUGAAGCUGAUGCAUUUUUGUGCGAGCGGAACAAAACCUACAUGAGUGAAGCCCAAAGAAGUGCACUCAAUGCCCUCCUUUUCCGCACAGGUGACCAGUCCAAGGACAUAGUACUUGCUCUCGCUACAAAUCGCCCUGGCGAUCUUGAUUCAGCUGUGGCAGACCGUAUUGAUGAAGCUCUGGAAUUUCCAUUGCCUGGGGAACAGGAACGUUUCAAGCUUUUAAAACUUUACCUGGACAAGUACAUAGCUCAGGCUGGACAGAAGAAAUCUAGUUGGUUCCAAAACUUAUUCAGAAAGGAACAACAGAAGAUAGAGAUUAAGGGUUUGACUGAUGAUAUAUUAAGGGAAGCAGCAACCAAAACCGAGGGAUUUUCUGGAAGAGAAAUAGCAAAAUUGAUGGCAAGUGUCCAAGCGGCUGUUUAUGGGAGUGAGAAUUGUGUGCUUGAUCCAAGCCUGUUCCGAGAGGUAGUAGAUUAUAAAGUUGCAGAGCAUCAACAGAGAAGGAAAAUGGUAGCUGAUAAAGGUCGUAGUUCAUGACGCGAUCUAUUACAAACAAGCAAUUUUUGUAUUAUGUGGCCAUGCAUUAUUCAUGGCAGGUUUUAUCUGGGUAGCGGUUACUGUUAGGAAUGGCCCAUGUUUUUAUUGUUUUGGGCAUCAUGAUCUUCAUCAUUAUUUUGGCCCCUUUUGAGUUUGGGGAUUUUGGUAUUUCUCAUCUUAUGUUCAUUCAAUGGGUAAUGAGCAUGAAAGCGGCUGAAAUAUUGUAUUUUCUGUUGGUAUUGUUUUUCGUGUUAUCUUUCUACCCCUUCAGAGGAGAAGAACUUGCAGCAUUAGCUCAAUUUUAAUUCAAAUAAAACACCGCUUGUCUUUCAUGGAA